AUGCUUGUGGAGUCAUCAUGUCCGAACAAGCGACUGAUGAUGGAAAUCUUUCAACUGCUUCGACUUCAAAAGGAGACUGAUACACAUUUUACCCAACCGGAUGAUCACACAUGGAUGCUAUUACCACAACAAAAUCUAAAUCAUAAAGUCACUCGAGUUACUUCAUUUGGUCAUUUCUCUAUUCCUGAUUAUGGUCAUCUUGGUCGACACCUUCCAAACCAUUCACUCUCCAUCCUCGCUAUCACUUGGAAUCUCAAUGAAAAGCAAUCUUCAAUAUUUGAUCCAUUCACUCGUUUCCUAAUCGAAAGACGAGAUUCUAAAGGACUUGAGGAUAUUAUUGUCAUCGGUCUACAAGAAAUUCGACCUCAAACUCGAACCUUUCACGAGAUUGUACUCGAAAAAAUAAACGCAAUCCUCUCACAAACUCAUCAAAUCUACUUUUCUGUUCGUUACUGGAGUCAAAUGAUGCUGGUUUCUAUAAGGAAACAACACGUGCCUUAUGCUAUUGCCUGUCCCGAUACUCAAUUUGUGCCCUCAAAUGCGGUGGCAAAACCCGUUCGAACCAAAGGAUCGAUCGGUGUUGCCUUCAAAAUCUAUCAGAGAACACUCGCCUUUGUCUCCAGUCAUUUUUCUCAUGGAUCAAUCACACAACGUUGGGCGGAUUACAAUAAAACUCUCAAGAAGCUAAGUUUCCAAACAAUUGCUCAGCAAAACAAAGGAAAUGGUUCACUGCUGGCGGCUGAUGUGGUAGUUUGGAUGGGCGACUUAAAUUUUCGAAUUCAAACUGGAACUGUUAUGGUUCCAAACCCUAAUCGAAGACUAUGUUUCGUAAUCGAUGUUCGACGAUAUUUAGAAAAAGAUGAACUGCUUAAUUUUAAGCAAAAAGCCAUCGUUUUUGCUGGAUUUGAAGAAGCUGAGAUAACUUUUCCGCCAUCUUACAAAUUUCAAAGUCUUCGCUGUGAGUACGAUAAGAAAAGACAACCAUCGUAUACGGAUCGAGUUCUCUAUUUUUCUUCAAACAAACGAUUGAUUGAAGCUUUUGAGUACAACUGUCUUGAUUUUCUAACCGAAUCUGAUCAUCGACCGGUUUACUGUUCUCUACGAAUAUUGGCCCUCAAUAAGGAAUAUAAGAGAGGAGAUUCUGAACCGGUUCAACUAACUGGGAGCACUCCUGAUUUAACGUUGAGACAGGAAAACGUAUUGGAUAGUUGUCUGGGCGCUACUCAAUAUUCGUUACAUCUUUUGUUAAACGGGAUCACAACAAGAAGUGAUUCGGAAGCGAUGAACAAUCACGAAGACUUUUCAAAUGGCUCAGUUACGCCAAAGGCUGCAGAUGUUAAAUCGACAAAUCCCUCGCCAAGCCCAAUCAUCGUCGCUGUGAAUGGGGAAAAACGCAAGAGCAUUGAUAGUCGUCGACAUUCCAUCCCAGCUCACACCUCAAUCUCUGGCACAACAAAAAUGGCUAAUGAAAAUCCAAAAAAU